AUGCCUAAUUUUUCCUCCUCAUCUUUAAUCGCCGCUAAUUACAACCUGGAACUUAUUAAGGGGAAAGGGCCGGUGGUUCCCAAGUUCGGGUCGUGGGACGCCGAGAACAUCGGCUACACCGUCUUCUUCGAGAAGGUGCGCGAGAACAAGGCCGCGCCCGUGCCGGGCACGGCGGCGCCAGCGCCCAGGGGGCACGACGACCAAGAGUUCGACCCCUACGAGUACUACGAGAACCUCAGCCGGAACGUGCCCUCGCGCCCGCCCAGCUCGCACGGCCACGGCCACGCGGCCCCGGCGCAGCACUAUGACCACCUCGGCGGUAACGUGCCCUCGAGGCCGCCGAGCUCGCACGGCCACGGACACCCCUCGCCGGCGCAGCACUACCCCGCGCAGCACGGCCACGGGGGCUACCACCGGCGGAACGGGAGCAAUGGCAGCAGCGCCGCGUCCGAGGUCAGCAGCCGCGCCAGCAAGUUCUCGCCGCCCAGGCCGUACCAGCCGCGCUACGGCAACAGCGGCGGCAGCUACCACCAGCCCCAGCAGCAGCAGCAGGUCGCCGGCGCGUACGCCGCCCCGGUGCCGAGGCACCACCAGCAAGCGGCGCCAGCGCCGAGGGUCACCGCGUCCCCGCCGGCUAACGAGCGGCGCCCGGGCCAGGGCGUGCCACCGCAGGCCCGUGCCGCCAAGGCCCCGUCGGCCGUGCCCAAGUUCGGCGUGUGGGACGAGCAGAACGCGAACGCGGCGGCGCAGGGCUUCACGGUGCAGUUCGAGAAGGUGAAGCGGCACCGGGAGGUCGCCAAGGCCGCCGCGCCGGACGUGCCGCCGGUCGCGAAGCGGCAGCUCUCGCCGGACCGGGUGGUGCCCACGUGGGGCCACCCGCGAAGGAAGCCCAAGAAAUCCUUCCUGUCGAAGGUCUACGGGUGCCUGUUCCCAGUGGUCAGACAGUGA